CAUGACUCAUCAUGAGGAAGAUAAGGCGAGAGCAAUCACAUAAACCCCACAUCAACGUGUUCAGAUUUUAUAAACCCUAAUCCCAAAUCGUACACGGUAGCCUGUAAGUCCUUAUUUCAUCAAUCUCUCUCCCUCGCUGCGUAUAUAUUGCAAGGUUUUAGCUUUCCAAUGAUAGCUACAUAUCUGCAUGACGAAUUUCUUCUGUGAUUUGCUAAAGUUAUUGCAAUUUUGACCUCAAAUGGCAUCAUCUCUUACCACUUUACCUUUCUUCAUAUUACACCAAACAUCUCGAAUUCAAAAACCUAGAUUUUCCUUGGAGAAUCCUGUUUCAGUUUCUAAAACACCACUUGAAAAGACACCGUUUUUAGGGAAGAGUUUGAAUUUACAAGCGGGGAGUUUCGGCGGUAAUUUUGGGAAAAACCAUGUCCGUAUUUCUCCGAUUCAAGCAAUAGUGAAGAGGAGGAAAGAGCUUCCUUUCGAUAACGUGAUUCAACGAGACAAGAAGCUGAAACUAGUUAUGAAAAUCAGAAAAAUCUUACUGAGUCAACCCGAUAGAGUUAUGCAACUUCGUGAUUUAGGUAGGUUUAGAAAAGCAUUAGGGCUUCAAAAACGCAGACGCUUCAUCGCACUGUUGAGAAAGUUUCCUGGUGUAUUUGAGAUCGAAGAAGAAGGGGUUUACUCCCUCAGAUUCAAACUAACACCUGAAGCCGAAAGAUUAUAUCUUGAAGAAAUGAAGGUCAGAAACGAAAUGGAAGAUCUAUUAGUUGUUAAACUAAGAAAACUACUAAUGAUGUCAUUAGACAAACGAAUCCUUGUAGAAAAGAUAGCUCAUUUGAAGAACGAUCUUGGCCUUCCAUUAGAGUUCCGUGACACAAUCUGUCAAAGGUACCCACAGUACUUUAGAGUUGUAAGAACCGAUAGAGGCCCAUCUUUAGAGCUAACACAUUGGGACCCUGAACUUGCAGUCUCAUUUCAAGAGCUUGAAGAAGAAGAUAAACUAGCCAAAGAAGCAGAAAAGAGAGAUUUAAUCAUUGAUAGACCACCAAAGUUCAACAGAGUGAGACUUCCAAAGGGUCUUCAACUUUCAAAAGGUGAAAUGAGACGUAUUUCUCAAUUCAGAGACAUGCCUUUCAUCUCACCUUAUUCAGAUUUUUCCUCAUUAAGACCUGGUAGUGCUGAAAAAGAAAAACAUGCUUGUGCUGUUGUACACGAGAUAUUGAGUCUUACAGUUGAAAAAAGAACUUUAGUUGACCAUUUGACUCAUUUUCGUGAAGAGUUUAGAUUCAGUCAACAACUUAGAGGGAUGCUUAUAAGACACCCUGAUAUGUUUUAUGUGUCUUUAAAAGGAGACCGUGAUUCUGUGUUUUUAAGAGACGCGUAUCGUGAUUCACAAUUGGUUGAUAAAAAUCGGUUGUUGAUUAUUAAAGAGAAGCUUCGUGCUUUGGUUUCUGUUCAGAGGUUUAGAGGGCGUGUGGUGAAAAGUGAUGAGGGUGAUGGUGGUGAUGAAGAGGAUGAGGUGGAAGAAGAGGAUUGGUCGGAUCUUGAUGAGUUGGUGAGUAAUGAAAUGGAUGAUGAUGAUGAUGAUGAUGAUGGUGAUGAUGAUAUGCCUCCUGAUUUUGAUGAAGAUGAUGAAAAUGUGAAAAUGAGUCAAGGGAAAGAAGCGAAUCAAGAUGAAGAAAAAGUUCUUGAUCCUGUGUUUCCAGAUGGAAAGCCAAGAGAAAGAUGGUAAAUUUUGAUAUUGUGUUGCUUUAUACAUGGAUUUGAGUCAUAAGGGGGCAAAAAGGUGACUUGUUUGUAAUGAGAGGGCAAAUACGUAAUUUUCAUUUGUUGUGAAGCUGAGUGGCGUUGAUGUACUAGGGGCACUUUCUGUUUUCCUCUCAAUGCUACAUGUAAGGUUCUACAAAUGGCUAUGAAACUAUAAAUUGGAUUAUUUGUGGUA